ACAUGAAAUUAACAAACUUACAACUAGCACAAAACAUUAUCACUUUCUACUGUGGUUGAACUUAUAUGUUUAAAGAGAAAAGACUUUAGAAUCAAGAAUUUUAAGAAACAUCUCACUACUUAGGGUGAUAUUUCACCUGUCCAAUGUAUAUUUGCAUAUCACAUCUUGCUUAGUAAGAGAGUGAGGCGCAAUACACAUUGGACCGAGAUAUUGCACAGGUGGAAUACCAACCUUAUGUAUAUGUAAAACACUGCACACAAUAAGAAAUAAAACUGGAAAUGGAAAUAACAGAAGUUACAAGUUUAUAAAAUGUACUUUAGAAAAGUGUACCAAAAUAAAAUCUUAGAACACAUUUAGAGUAGUUGUUAAGUUAUCUCUAAGCAUGAUAUUGAUAUUUACAGUGACACAAUGUAUAAGUACUUAUACAGUCAUAACAUAAUAGUAUUAAAAGAGGAAGAUACGGCACGCUGCAAACUGACUCACAAUAAUUAUAUAUAAUGCGUCACUUCACAACGUGACUAUCUCGUAGACUACAGAGGUUCUACAUAUUUCCUGGAACGCUCCGCGUAACUUGCUUUUGGAUUUUGAACCUAUUGUACAUACUCAGAAAGAUGCAAUUAGUUUUCUAUGCACUAACAAGAAACACACUAACCAGAAGUAUGUCUUAUCUCUUUGUAAUACGGUUUAUAAAUGAUCAGUUAAUUGUUACAGGGACACCAUAGGUUUAAAAGGACUAGCUCAAGAUUUGAAUAGACAUUUCGCGCCAGCUCUUUACAAAACAAACAUUAGUAAAACAUUAAAACAUGUAUUUACUUAAAACAUUACCUAUGAAUGUGGCUAGUAUAUUUAUGUUGUGUUGUGGGCCCUGUGGUUCAUCUGUAGUAAAACCUGAGCAACAUCAGUCAUCAUGUGAGAACGCUGCUCCUAAAUACGAGUACGAUGUGAUGAGGUUAACGACCACGAAAAAUGGGACUUUUGACUAUGAUUUGGCGGUCAUUGGUGGUGGGUCCGGAGGCCUGGCAUGCGCCAAGGAGGCUGUAAACCUCGGGGCGAAGGUGGCGGUCCUGGACUUUGUGACCCCAUCUCCGCUGGGAACAAAAUGGGGCCUGGGUGGCACAUGCGUCAAUGUUGGGUGCAUACCGAAGAAACUGAUGCACCAGGCUGCAUUAUUAGGAGAAAGCAUUCACGAAGCGGUGUCAUACGGCUGGCAAGUCCCAAACUUGAACGCCAUCAAAAUCGACUGGAGCGCCCUCACCGAAUCCGUCCAGAACCACAUCAAGUCCGUCAACUGGGUCACCAGGGUGGACUUGCGGGAUAAGAAGAUCGAGUACAUCAAUGGACUUGGAGAGUUCAAGGACCCGCACACGCUAAUAGCGACGCUAAAGAACGGCACGAAGAAGGAGCUGACGGCGCGCAACAUCGUGAUCGCGGUGGGCGGGCGGCCGCACUACCCCGACGUGCCGGGCGGCCUCGAGUACUGCAUCAGCUCCGACGACAUCUUCAGCCUGUCGCAUCCGCCCGGCAAGACGCUCGUUGUUGGCGCUGGAUACAUCGGCCUCGAGUGCGCCGGCUUCCUCAACUCGCUCGGCUACUCGGCCACCGUGCUCGUCCGCUCCGUGCCCCUCCGCGGCUUCGACCAGCAGAUGGCCGGCAUGGUGGUCGCCGAGAUGGAACAGCGAGGCAUUACCUUCCAUCACAGGACCAUCCCUCUGUCGGUGGAGAAGCUAGAGAACGGGCAGCUGAAGGCGCGCUGGGUCAACACUGAGACUAAACAAGAGGGCGAGGAUGUUUUCGACACGGUUCUGAUCGCCACUGGUCGCUACGCGCUCACCAAACAGCUCAACUUAGAAGCCGCUGGCAUCACGACGGUAUCACCAAACGGCAAGAUCAUCGCCGCCAGCGAACAGACCAACGUCCCGCACAUCUACGCGGUGGGCGACGUGCUGGAGGGCCGCCCUGAGCUCACGCCCGUCGCCAUCCACGCCGGCCGGCUGCUGGCCCGCAGGGUGUUCGCUAACGGCACGCAACAAAUGGACUACGAGAAUGUUGCUACUACGGUGUUCACGCCUUUGGAGUAUGGAUGCGUUGGGCUCAGUGAGGAGGCAGCCCUACAGAGGCACGGUGCGGACAACAUCGAAGUGUACCACGCGUUCUACAAGCCCACGGAGUUCUUCAUCCCGCAGCGCAACAUCCGCAACUGCUACCUGAAGGCCGUGGCCCUGCGCGAGGCGCCGCAGCGGAUCCUGGGGCUGCACUUCGUGGGACCCGUCGCCGGGGAGGUUAUUCAGGGCUUCGCGGCCGCCAUUAAAUGCGGUAUCACAAUGGAGCAGCUGAUCAACACGGUGGGCAUCCACCCCACGGUUGCCGAGGAGUUCACGCGCCUCAACAUCACCAAGCGCUCCGGCAAGGACCCCAACCCCGCCUCCUGCUGCAGCUAGAGCGGGACCGCAACGUUACAGACAGGGACGGACGACACACACACACUCUCACACACGAGCGAUAUCGAUAUACAUCACACUCACUUCGACGGCAAACCGUGUCGCAAAUGGGGGUUACCUAUUAAAACCUCGUAACAUUGUCUAAAAUCGCCGGUAUCAGAAGGGUCACUAGUGUAACCUAAUUGCUUCUAACAAUUACUGGAUUUUGAAUAAAACGCGUUUGGUCAAAUGAAACACUGACACGAACGAUAAGAAACAAGUUGUCAUUUCUGUUCCCGAAAAUUAUGGAUUCUGGAACUUAGUUCCCGGCUGUCACUUAUAUUGUUUAUCGAAUGU